CUCACACACAUGCGUGGGAGAGCGAGGGUCAGACUUCCCUGUCACUCCUUCGCGGCUCGCGUGUUUGGUGAGUGUUCUCCCCCAUGAAAAGAGGCACCCAACAUGCAGCACAGAUACGCAGCAUGCAGCACUCGCGCCAUCCCCCUGCCGCCUUUCUCCUGCCGCGGUCGGUGGAUCUCCAUGGCUGCUCUGGUAUGCCUUGCUGCCCUCGUGGUGGAUCUCUGGAUGCGUUGCGCCGCCAAGACGACCUCAUUCAUGCAUCUGAUGCCAUCGGAUGGGAGAGCGAGAACGCCAUCAGUGUUGCGAGCAGCGCAGAGGGCCAGGCGACUUCCAGCUGCCCUCGUGAGCCGAGAAGGCGCGCAGGCGGACGACAGAGGUGCGUGGCGUGGCGACAAGCAGACAGGCAGGGAGGGAGGCAGGCAGGCAGUCAGGGACAGUCAGGGACAGUCAGGGACAGGCAGGCAGGCACAGGCAGGCAGCCAUGCAUGCGUGUGCGUGUGACUGCCUGCCUCUGUGUGUUUUUGCUGCAUGAUGCAGGUGGAUUCCCAUUGACAAUCACAGCUGACGACCUCAUCCCUGUCAACCAGCUCAUCGACCCAUCGGCACUGCGUGAGACAAACCGACUCGUGGUGCUCAGCGGAGACGGACAACGACGAGAGCCUGCCAAGUACAUCGGCCAAAAUGUAAUCGGCGUUACGGCGACCCCUGCUAGCAUCACUGCCCUCCUCAAGGCGAGGGACAGCGGCCCUUUCAGGGUUGGGCCCACGGUCGUCACACGCUUCUCACGCGGAGGAAAGACACGAAUGCUCAAGGAAAUCGCCAAGCAGCUGCGAGCGGCGAAGAUUCCGGUGCUGCCGAUCACCUUCAACGACGAAACGUCACUUGACCCAAAAGAGAGCAGUAGCAGGACACUCAUCGAGUCGAUUCUCCUGCGGAUCGGGUGGUCGGCGGCCAAGAACGAGACAAUUGAGGCAGUGGGGAAAGAGCUCGGCAAGGAGGUUGUCAACUUCGGUGUGUGGGUCGGGGCCGUCAGCGUCACCGAGGAAGUCAUCCUGCAGUGGCUUGGCGACAGGCCCUGUGUUCUGAUGAUCGAUGAGUUGAAUCAGCUGCUGAAGAAGAAGACCCCGUAUGUCGAAGGAUCGCCCGAGGCGAUAGUCGCAGCAUAUCUCAAGACCAACUGGCUCGGUCAGCCGGAUCGCUUUCUGGUCUUCUCCAGCCAUGUGCUGACGACCUCGACGAAUCUGCAGGGGUUCUGGGUCGCGGGCUUGGGCGAUCGCCCCAUGCAACAGCUGCGAAUGCCGCUGAUCGAGAACGUCGCCGAGGCGAGAGAGGUCAUCAGCGAUGCUGCCGACGAAGGCCAGAUGUGCUGGGUUGGACGGGCUCCUGGCUUGCUCAUGGACCUCUAUCAUCGAGACCCUCGCAACGCUGAUCCGGCCAAUGUCCUGCGGAAGGCCAAGAUGAUGCCUUCCGGUGCCGAUGCGCCAUCCGCCGUUGGUGUCAUCAAGAUGGCUCUCGACGGCAACACCAUGUGGGCUCAGACUAUUCCCGACUGGCAGAGGUGGAUGGACAUCUAUGGAGACAACUGUGUUUGGCCACCUUGCUAUUUGGGCGCUGCCUGCACCAAGGUGGCCAACAGCCCGGCGGUCGAGGAAAAGUUUGGCGGGGCCUUCUGCAGCGGGUUGAGGGCCAUCGAGAAUUUCCUGGACAACCUGCACACACAGCCGCGAGAGUCUGGCAAGCGAUGGGAGGGCGUUGCGGCGGCAGGGGUCCUCCUGCGGUUGCUCGAGAGCCACAUCAGCUACACCACUCAAGGCAAAUAUCCGAUCGGCUUGACACCAGAAGCACAAGCGCUCCUGCCCCCUGAUGUUGUGAGGGGAUGCAGCUUUGGGGACUAUGUGCUGGCCGUGUCGCACCCGGAUCGCGAGAUCAGGACGCUUCGGCAGCUCAUUGACUACUUCAACGACAGCAACAGCCCCAUCCGCAGGGUGGACAAAGGUGUCGCGGCAUUCUUCGUGUUGCCCACCCAUCUGCAGUUUGAAGGCCACGACUUCUACAUCUUCAUCACUGUCGACGGGCAGCUGACUGAGGUCCGGGGAUACCAAUGCAAGCAAGGAUUCGCGAAGAAGCCAACCCCAGCCAGUCUCGAGAAGAUUGCCCGUGCAUUUCGCGACGCCUUCGGUCCUGGCGGGGGCAAACCGGGCGGUGGGAAGGAGCCAGCCCUCGACGGCCUGCGCACGACUCCAUUGUGCAGGACAGUGUGGUUUACGGGGGAUUCAGGCGGAGGCGAGGACGAGCGGAAUCGCAAAGACGAAUACGACCUGACGGACAGUGAGGGUGUCCCGGUACGUUGGCCUUCACAGGCCACAAUGAGCUGCCUGGUAGGGUUCUCGCUGGCAUUGACCUGUCCCUUUGAGUGGUUGGCGUAGAGCGUGCAGGAUGGAAGAGUUUUAGUUAGACAUUUCGCUCUUUUUCGCCUUGCUGGACUAUUGCUGGACUAUUGCUGGGGCAGCUAUCGUUUUCUUGCUACGAGCUUUCGGAGGACUUGAUUGAUGCCAGUGAAUAAAUCGAAUCACCUUGAGACAAACACAGACAAGCGGGCCGCUUGACAAAGUGACACAAACGCUGACCACGACAGCAGUCAACAAAUAAAGGCUCAAC